AUGGCUCGUACUCGAGGAGGUUUCUCUUCACAUCGUGGAGAGAGUUCGUCACAGGGUGAGAGGUGGAGACCUACUGCUUCUGUUCGUAGAAGACGUGGAGCAGUUGAUUCUGAUAUUCAUGUUGAGGACCAUGGAGAUGUGAGGUUUCACGAGAAUGCAGUUGAGGAUCAUGCAUAUGAGGAGCAUGAUAUUGAGCAAGAGGAGGAUCGUGAGGAUGUUGCUGAAGGUGGAUUUCCUGGAGGUCCAUUAGACGCUUCAGUAUUGACACAUUACAUUCACCAUGUUGCUUAUACGAUAUGGCAGGGUCGGGAACGGGAGGAGAUCAAAAUGAUCUCCCAUGGGAAGAAGUUAACUAGAUUAGGAUCCUGCCACGAGGGCAUUAGAGACAUCGUUAGGGGUCUACUGCUGACAUUUGUAGAGAGAUUUCAUUUCGAGACCAGCAGUUUCCAUCUCCCCGUGGGUGAGAUGAUCGUGACUUUAGAUGAUGUGUCAUCAUUGCUACACCUCCCAGUUUUAGGGCAGUUAUGUCAUCUAGAGGAAGUAGAUUUUGAAGACAGUAGACGCGCCAUUGUGGAGCUUUUAGGCGUGGAUGGCGAGAGAGUUGGUGCUGAGUUACAUGCAGCUCACGGUGCGAAAGUCAGAGUGAACUGGCUUCGAGACAUCUAUGCUGAGCAUUUUGAGCAGCAGUAG